UCCUCCGUCCCGCCCCCUCCGGUAGUUUGGUCCUAAGCGGCCACCGUUGGCGCAGCGGGAAGAUGGCGGCGGCCGCCUUGGCGACACGGGCCGCCGGAGGAAUCAUUCGACCCCUCAAUAUUUUGGUUUCAUCAACCUUCCGGAACGGUUCCAACUCUCUGCAUCUGGUUUCCAGGCUGUCUGGCCGACCUUUCAGUCAUAUCCAAGCACCCCGUGUUUCUCCUGCUGCUGCCAAACUAGUUCCGCCUGUUAGGAGUCUGGCUUGCGGGCAUCCUUCAGCUCUCCUUAAUAGUGUCACCCCUUUGCUUUCAACUGUCCUGCAACCACCCGUCAGAACUUUAACAUACUGUAGCUUGAGAAAAGGGAAACGGAAAUCUGUGAAAGCCGUCCUCUUCAGGUUCCUCCGACUACACUGUGGUCUUUGGGUGAGGAAAAAGUCCGGUUAUAAGAAGAGGUUGUGGAAAAAGAAGCCUGCGCGUAGAAAACGCCUCAGGGAGCAGGUGUUCUGCAACAAAACGCAGAGCAAGCUUCUCGACAAGAUGACCACGUCUUUCUGGAAGAGGCGGAACUGGUACGUCGAUGACCCCUUCCAGAAGUACCAUGAUCGCACCAACCUCAAGGUGUAGGCCUGUAGACGCGGGACGUUUGGCCCAGAACCAGGGGGGCUCCCUCACUGUGUGGAGAUCUUUAUAUCUCCAUGCAAAGAUGAGUAAGGCAAAUGGCAACAAUACAGAAUACCGGAAUAAAUCAGACUUGAUCACAAA